AUGAGUUACGCUCCUGAAAAAGAUCUGGCCAGUCUGGAGCAGCAGUCGGAUGCUCCAAACUUGCAAAAUAAAAAUGUAAAAAAAAAGCUCCAGCGUUCUAGUUCUGCAUCAAAAUCUCAAAAGUCUGUUGAGGACAACAGCAAACAACAGGGAAAGUUUGUGGAGUUACCAGGAGCUGAAAUGGGAAAAGUUGUCGUUAGGUUUCCCCCAGAAGCAAGCGGGUAUUUGCAUAUUGGACAUGCUAAAGCUGCUCUAUUAAAUCAACACUAUAAAUUAGCUUUUAAUGGCCGUCUUAUAAUGCGUUUUGAUGAUACAAAUCCAGCAAAGGAAAAGGAAGAUUUUGAGAAGGUUAUAUUAGAAGACGUUGAUAUGUUGAAAAUUAAACCCGAUACUUUUACAUAUACUUCUGAUCAUUUUGAUAAAAUGUUAGAUAUAUGUGAGAAUGGAAUGUUAAAAGAAGGCUUAGCUUAUGUGGAUGACACAGAUGGAGAUAAAAUACGUUUGGAACGUGAACAAAGGGUAGAUUCAAUAAAUCGAAACAACUCAAUCGAGAAGAACCUAGAAUUGUGGAAACAAAUGGUUUUAGGUACAGAAAUUGGUCAAAAGUGUUGUGUUCGGGCUAAAAUUGAUAUGCAAUCAGCAAAUGGAUGUUUGCGAGAUCCAACAAUAUAUCGUUGCAAACCUGAACACUAUCCUAGAACUGGUGACAAGUAUAAGGUAUAUCCAACUUAUGACUUUGCUUGUCCUAUUGUGGAUAGUAUUGAAGGUGUUACUCAUUGUUUACGUACCACAGAGUAUACUGAUCGUGAUGCACAAUAUUAUUGGUUUUGUGAUGCAUUGAAGCUUGGUACUCGCAGCAAUGAAACCAGACCUUAUGUAUGGUCGUAUUCAAGAUUAAAUAUGACUAAUACGGUUUUGUCGAAAAGAAAGUUAACUUGGUUUGUUGAACAAGGCCAUGUAGAUGGAUGGGAUGAUCCACGCAUGCCGACUGUCCGUGGUGUAUUCAGGAGAGGAAUGCAGGUAGAAGCAUUGAAACAAUUCAUAGUGGCCCAAGGUUCUUCCAGAACUGUUACAGCUAUGCAAUGGGAUAAAAUUUGGUCAUUGAACCGUAGUAUUGUUGAUUCAAUAGCACCAAGACAUACCGCUUUGUUAUUAUCUUAUCCACCAGUUGAAGUUGUGGUAGAGAAUGUCAAAAACCCUUAUCAAAUUGACAAUGUCCCUAAACAUCCUAAGAAUUCUCAAUUAGGAUUAAAGAAUUGUGUCUGGGCUGCACCUAAAAUUCUUAUAGAUUAUUGUGAUGCAGAGUUAUUAGAAGCUGGACGUCGAGCAACAUUUAUUAACUGGGGCAAUCUUAUGAUAAAUCGCGUAGAAAGGAACCAAAAUAAUAAAAUAGAGAGAAUUCAUGCAGUGUCUGACCUUGACAACACAGAUUUUAAAUCUACAGUGAAAGUUACGUGGCUGCCAAAAACCGAUUGUUCAGAAUCUGACGAAGUUUUACCUAUUUUGGUACCAGUUGUUUGUGUUUAUUUUGAUCAUUUAAUUAGUAAAGCAGUAUUAGCCAAAGAUGAUGAUUUCAAGCAAUACUUAAAUACAGAAAAUAGUCGUUGGGAAUUGCAAAUGUUAGGUGAUUCAGAAUUGAAAGAUUUAAAGAAAGGAGAUGUGAUUCAGUUACAACGCAGAGGUUAUUUCAUAUGUGAUUCAACGUAUCAGCCAUAUAACGUACACACGGGGAAAGAAACACCAUUAGUGUUGUUUAACAUUCCUGAAGGUCACACAAAAUCAGUUACUCCAAUAACUACCGUUCCUUUUCAAACCGCCACCAACAAGGAUAAAAAAUCGAAGGGAAAAAAGAAUGUUGCUGUGACCAAUAAUAAAUCAUCGGAUAGCACGAAUACCAAAAAAGUAACAAAAUUAGGGUUGGAAGUACUAAAGGUAUCGGAAAAUCUUGGAGAAUGGUAUUCUCAAGUGUUG